AAUAUCGAUAACAUUCCCUUCUAGAAAAUCUAAAAUAAUGUAAAUUUUUAACGAUUUGAAUGACGCGCCUUUUGUAUUUCGAUUUGAGAACCCCGUUUUUGAAGCGUUGUUGUGAAUCCAAUAUGGCGAUAUUUGAUGUUGUACUAUUUUGAAGAAGUGCACAUGUUUUUAUACAAAUGGGAGUUAAGUAACUUAAUGUUGAGGUGCAUUAGAUUAGCGCCAUAAUAAUUGAUUCAUUACUUGAGUACAUAGUGUUUAGAGCGCUGACUAUCAUGACAGACACGAGACGAAGAGUUAAGCUUUAUGCUCUGAACGCAGACCGACAGUGGGAUGACAGAGGUACAGGGCAUGUGUCGUCAUGUUACGUGGAGAGGUUGAAAGGCACCUCGUUACUCGUGCGUGCAGAGUCAGAUGGUUCUCUUCUUCUGGAGAGUAAGAUACAACCCGACACAGCCUACCAGAAGCAACAGGACACGUUGAUAGUCUGGUCAGAGGGUGACAACUUUGACUUAGCGUUAAGUUUCCAAGAAAAAGCCGGUUGCGACGAAAUAUGGGAGAAGAUUUGUCAGGUACAAGGAAAAGAUCCUUCAGUUGAAAUCACACAAGAUAUAGUGGAAGAAUCAGAAGAUGAGCGGUUUGAUGAGAUGUCAGACAGUGUUCAGCCAGUGGAGCUGCCCGCUUGUGAGAUGGGGCGGCUGGAAGACAUCAGUGAACUUGUAAACAGUUGUCUGGUGUCACCAGCUCGCAAGGACAAGCUGGCAGCUGCACUGGAGACACAGCAUUACAUCAAGAAGCUACUUAACCUGUUCCACAUGUGUGAAGAUAUUGAAAACAUAGAAGGGUUGCAUCAUCUUUAUGAAAUAUUUAAAAGUAUAUUUCUUUUAAACAAAAACACACUCUUUGAUACCAUGUUUGCUGAUGAUACUAUAUUUGAUGUCGUGGGCUGCCUAGAGUAUGAUCCAAGUCUGCCUCAACCGAAAAAACAUAGAGAAUAUUUACGGGAGCUAGCAAAGUUCCGGGAAGCCAUUCCUAUAAAGAACAAAGAUUUGUUAGCAAAAAUACAUCAAACAUAUAGAGUACAGUACAUUCAAGAUAUUGUUUUACCUACUCCUACAGUUUUUGAGGACAAUCUGCUAAGCACAUUGUCCAGUUUUAUAUUUUUCAACAAAGUAGAAAUAGUGAAACUUAUAGAGGAAGAUGAGAAGUUUUUGACAGAUUUGUUUAAACUACUUAUGGAUGAUAAGACACCGGAUCCUAAAAGACGGGACUUAGUUCUGUUUUUAAAGGAAUUUUGUAAUUUUUCACAAAACUUACAACCUCAAGAUAAGGAUGCGUUUUAUAAAACUUUAGUAUCUCUAGGGAUCCUGCCAGCAUUAGAAAUCACUCUAAGUAUAGAUGAUCAGAAGACUAAGACUGCAUCUAUAGACAUUUUAACUUACAUUGUAGAGUUUUCACCUUCUGUAGUGAGGGACCACACACUACAGCAGGCUAACAAUACUGAAGAGGAACAAAUGUUACUAAAUAUAGUGAUAGAACAGAUGUUAAGGGACAGAGACCCUGAGCUGGGUGGCGCAGUGCAGCUGAUGGGUGUCCUUCGCAUACUCUUGGACCCUGAGAGUAUGCUAGCAUCAGUUAAUAAGAGUGAAAAGGCAGAUUUCUUAAAUUUCUUCUACAAACACAGUAUACAAACAUUAAUAGCUCCCCUCCUAGAGAACACGACAGGAGAGAAACCUCUAAAGGAAGAUUAUCACACCGUGCAGCUACUUGGGCUCGUACUCGAACUACUGGCCUUCUGUGUUGAGCAUCACACUUACCAUAUAAAGACCUGUAUAUUGAAUAAGGAUCUCCUACGUCGUAUACUGGUGCUGAUGAGGUCAACGCAUACUUUCCUGGUGCUCGGCGCACUCAGGUUUAUGAGAAAGAUCAUUGCACUCAAGGAUGAAUACUAUAACAGAUAUAUUAUUAAGGGGAACCUAUUUGCACCAGUUAUAGAUACUUUUCUUAGAAAUAAUGGCAGAUACAACUUACUAGACUCUGCGAUACUAGAAUUAUUUGAGUUCAUCAAGUUGGAAGACAUCAAGUCGCUAUGUGCGCAUGUCGUUGAAAACUACGGAAAGAUCUUAGAAGACGUUGAAUAUGUACAGACGUUCAAAGCUUUAAAAACGCGGUACGACCAACAUCAGGACAAAUUGAAAGAGAGGGAUCGAGGUGAGACAACAUUGACGGGUACAGUGAGCGUGGCGGAGGCGGUGGUCCCGUCCCUGUUACGUACGCGGUACAGACGCGAGGCGCGCGCGCCCGACGACGAGGAGGAGAUGUGGUUCAACGACGACGACGAACUCGAGGACGACGCGCCUCUCGACGCACAGCAGACGCACGCGCAUCCACACGCGCAUCACGCGCUCGAUGCUAUCGGAAAAAUAGUGGAAAAGAAGGUAUGCUCGAAUACGGAAGCUGUCAACGGUCCUAGCAGAGUACUCCUAAGCACUACGUCACCCAGCAAGCCGACGCACACUGACGUUCAGGUAUCCUCGCCCAGAUUACUCAAUAAGGGCUUGGUGGACUACGACGGCGACUCGGACGAGGAGGAGGAGGGCGGCGGCGCGGGGGGCGGCGGCAGCGAGGAGCGCGACGCCAAGCGGCCGCGGCUGGCGUAGUCGACCACCGCGCCCCGCCGCCGCCGAGCUGCUCGUGAUACCACACCACAUAAGUAAGGUCCUCCUCACUGCGCUGCGUACUCCACCUGUCCGCGGUCACUGGCUGGCGCAGUGUAGUGGCGGGCGCGAGGCCGGAGACUCGGGCUCGGGAUGCGAUAUUGUGAUCGUAGCGUAAGGUUUCACCGUCACUGCCAUCCUACACUUCCACCUCCCCGUAUCCCCGACUCCUCGCCCUGUCGCGACGUCCAGCCGAUUGCAUUUACAUUCGACACGAUCGGUCGUCUACGUGCUCUCGUUAGUGAACCGCUAGACAGUUCUGUACUUCCAGCUGCUGGGUUAUGUCCAUUAUUUGUAAAUAUGAAGUGCUGACACUUGAGUGUUCGACUUUAGUUAGUUAGUGUAUGAAGUUCUUCAUACUUCGUAGUGUAAUAAUAUACUUCAGAUGGCAUCAGAAAGUAGAACAAAUAUUGGUUACAAGGUGUAUUUAAUGUGAACUAAUUUUAACGAUUAGGUUACUUUUGUCAAGGAUUGUAAUCACAAAAAGUACAAAGAAAAUAUGAGUGGGAAUUAAACGUCUAAUAAUAAAUAAUAAUAGAAAAAGAAUAAACACCCUGAACGCGGUAUGAAAAUGUAAAAAUGUACGUAUUUAUAAAAAUCUUAGUUUAUGAAGGAUCACACGACCAAUCUUUUUUUAGAGACAUUUAAAAUCAUAAUCUGUGCUGUGGAAUUGUUACUCAGUAGUGCGCUAUUGUAUCAUAACGGAUCGGAUCUAAUAAUCUGUUGCCAGGACGUCGUCGUACUCUGUCUGCCACCACCCAGACAAGUCAGCCGUGAACAUAAUAUUCGUAACAUCAGAUAUACGAUUAUUCUCAAUAUUUUGCAUUCCUUCUGUUGAGCUUCGUGGAGAGAUUACAGUUUGUACUUUUCCGUUUAUUAUUUUUGCAGUAAUCAUUACACAGGCGUUGUUUUAAGCAUGUAGUAUAUUUGCGAUAGAGAUCAUAUUUGAUUUUAUUACAAAUCUCCUAAGGCUCCGACUUUGUUGAGAGUAGAGAAUAAUUUAUGGUUUACUGUUUAACGCAGUGUUGAUGAAUUAUACUAACAUUGUAACUACUGUUAAGUAGCACUUCCUAUUUAUAAAAUGUUCUAUGUGCCGCUUAACAUUACACUUAUGGCACUUUCGGAGUAGUUAAAAUGUUAUUAAUUAUAUCAAAGGUGAGAUAUUUUAUUUGAACUGAAUACCCAAAGUGUGACUAGAUUGUUUUUAUGUUCCAUAAUUAAAAUUAGCCAAAAUUAGACUAAAUUGAAACUAUUAUUAUAAGAAUUGGAAUUGAGGUACAUGUUGACUGCCUAUUUAUUUGUUAUCAUUAUUUAAAUCAAAAUGAAUUAAUUCUAUGCAAAUUAGUUGGUUAUUUUUGUCGCGUAGACAAGUUUUAUGGACAUGCGACUUUGUGGUCUAGGUGGUGUGUUAUCUAUGUUUGGUGGUCCAGUGAAAUUACACAGCAAUACUCAACAGGAAUGUUAAUGGGAGAAGUAUGUUUUUGAGGUGUGGUAACACAAUACUUAUUUCCGAUGUGUCGUAUGAACGAGAAUUUGAUAUUGUACUAAAUUGCUUGUGACACGUUUUUAGGUCUUUAUUUGGCUAAGAAGAGUUCUAUAAUCAAUUAUUUUGAAUUCUAGAUCAGAAUUUAGGUUAUUCAGGUCUUGAUAGGUUUGUAGUAUGACAAAUUAUACCAGUUACAUUGAUCAGUGAAAAUUUCGGCAAUAAACCUAGUAGUAAAUUAGAAAUAUGGCAGUCAACAUGUUUACAUGAUUAUCUGGAUCCUGAAACUAAGGCACUGUGUAGAUACGGUUGAAAUAGAGACUGAAAUGCUGUUCAGAUAGCCGUAAAAACGGUUUGUCAGUAUGUAUACGAUUUUAGUAUGUUUAUACAACACGCGAGUAACUUUUAACCUAUCUACAUAGUUCCUUUCUAAUUACAGCUUUGUUGCGCGCUGGCAGCUAAGGAAAUAGUUAUUUUUAGUUUUUCAGUGAUUUUGCCUGCUUCCUGCUUCUUACUUUAAAAUAAACUCAAACAAUAAAAUUGUUCAAAUAGUAUAGUUUCAUGAUUACUUGUCCAUUAUUUUGGGAUCCAGAUUUUCGUGACGUUUUGAUUUGGUAUGCAAACUUUUAUAAUUAACGCGUUUGCUGCCGUAGGUUGUGUAUUUGUUUGUAAUGUUACUGGACUUUGAAUUCUCGGUCUAGUAAAUUAAAUGAAUACACCAACAGUGUUCGAGUUUGUCGGACAGAUACCUCCCGCAGCCAACGUGUUAAACCUAUAACAAUUAUUUGUAGCCCAUCAGUGAUUUACGACAGUUAACUUCCUAUGUUAUAGUUAUAUAGUUUUCUAUAAAUCUUUGAGUCUGGGCCACCCGGUGACGGAUUCAUUUCAUCGCGACGAAUAAAUGCACGAAAAAUGUAAUGUUUUUAUUUAUUAAUGUAUUGAAUUUUCAAAAAAACUUAUUAUUUUCUGACACAUUGUCCUAGAAUAUAAGGUUAAUAUAAUUGUUAGUGUAAUGCCAUGAAAUGGAUCCCACCGGCCGCCCGCUGUCUGUAUAAUGCCACAUUGAAAAUGAAUUAUAAAAUCAGUAUUAAAUCUUUCUUUACUUUCAACAAAAUGUUUCCUAUCUUCGCUUAUAUACGAUUGUUUGUAGCUUUUUUACACUGCGGAAGUAAUGUGUAUGUGAUAAAAUUAUCUGAUUAAGAUCCAUUUUAUUUUAUUACUAUAAACCUCUAGUUUUAUCAUUCGUAUUUUGUAAAUAAUAUUAGAUUUUGUAAAAUACACUUAAAUCUGGUGAUUAUAAACAUCUAUCUUAUAAUAAAUUAAAUAUUUUGCAUAAUCAGAUGUCGCCAGAAACGAGUUAGAUGGAGUGGUCCAAACAUAAUUUAACAGAAACAAUAACCAGUACUGAUCUCAGUUGGAGUAGUCUCCCGUCUCCCAUCUCCCGGCUUCCAGUUCCCUCGUACAUAAAGUAGCAGUGCUCAAAUUUUAUAUCUGGUCAAGGGUUUAUUAUUUCAUUACGCAUUAGUGUGUCAUUUUGCAUUUACAGAAUGCUCUUCCAUAUGUAUCAAAAAUAUUCUAACUAUAGAUACUUUCUUAAGAUCUAGUUUUUUGUAGUUGCAAGUUUAACUUAAGAUAAUUCAGAAAUGUUAAUAUUUCUGAUUUAGUGUGACACAAGAUGCGAUGGAGCCAUAUUAUCAAAACAUAUUGAAUAUUAUUUUAAAAGCAUAGCUUGAUAUAUGUAAUACAUUUAAUAUUUUUUUAGUUAAAUUGAAUGCUCGUGGAGUGUAUUUUAAUAUAAAAUGUGUGCAACAGUUGUCAUAGACAUUGUUCAUAAUAUAAUUUAUAUAACUAGCUGUAUUGUCUCUCGAUUAUAAAGUACUGGCGGCAUGAUUAUGUGACUAACGUUGCGUUGGACGGUAGGGUGUGUAUCCCAGUGCGAGGUAUGGCUCGCGGCCGGUCUCUGGCCCGCUCUACCUCCACAGUGCCGCAGUCACUGUGCCUGUACCUUACAGCGCAGUGUCCACGGCACAAUAACGAUACAACGGUUUAUUGAACUGAGCACAAAAUAAAACUACAAUUUCUAUACUUUCUCUCUAAAUUAUUUUUCGGCUAUGGUUUCCUAAGUUUCCUCUUAUUAAUUUUAAUUGCCUACCUUGUAUAACUUCUCUAAAACAUAUCAAUUUUAAUAUGUAUCUGAAAAAGAAAUUAUUGAUCUCUGCCAUAAGAUUUUUACGUCUUAUCAAAGAAAUCCGCAACCGCCACUAUUGUAACUAUAUGAUGGUCACACUUGUAUCAGUGCAAAUAUUCCAGCUUUUAUUGACGAAAGCACAGAGAACGCGAGGCGAAUUCAAUUAUUACAUACGUGGAAUGAACUUGUCAGAAUAUAUUGUAAAUACAACGUUUUAUGUAAUAAUUUUAUUUUCAAAUCUGCCAACAUCCACGUGUAUAAUAGGCUAAAAGCAUCGAGCUGUCAAUUAGAUUUAUACGAUUCUUAUAUUCCUUGAAAUAACUUCCCUGUUAAUUAAAAUACGAAGUUCUAGGUGAAAGUAGACUGUAAUAAUGACUAUUUUUUAUCUGUCUAGGUGGAUGACCAUCAUAAAUUAAUUUAUACACAGAUUAAAAUAGAUUUACCUAUCGGCAAGUUGUGUAAAAUAAAUAAGCUUACGAUAAUGCUAUUAUUAUGAUGUCACUAGUUAAGUAAGCAAUAUAAAUAUAAGGUAAUAAUUACGA